AUGUUGCAGCAAUAUAUCUGUGGGAUCGCCGGAAUCGAGGACGGCGCUGAAAUCGGUCUUACCGACGUUUGGGGGCCCAGCCGGGAUCCUAUCGGGAUUCUUUGGUGCGAAAUAUCGAGAGAAACGGCAUCGCGUGUAAAAGGCAAUCGGCAAAAGACGGUGAAAAGACGACAUUGGCAACAGAAGCAUCGAGAAGCCGUUACCGAAUCUACACUGGAAGAGAAAGACGACCCUGGAACUGCAAUAUUGAAGGCAGUUCAAGCACAGCAUAGAUUUGUUUUCGAGCGAGAGGGAGAUAGAGAUAAUCGAAAACGAUUGCGAGAGUUCAGGGGCUUUCCAUUCGCUAUAGAUUCGGAAGACUAUAAAGCGAAAAUAGCGUAUGUAGAAUCUAACCUCACUUGGGCAGAUUUAGUGUCUGUAUGCAAUAUUUUAACGAUCGAGUAUUCAGGGAUAAAACGAGAAUUGAGUCAGCGCUUGUGCAAUGGCCUUGUAGACCUCGAUUCACUCAACAACCCCGAUGAAUCUGAUAAGGAAGAAAAUGCAGAGGAUAGUGACAUACAACAGCAAGAGUCAAGCGAGAGUGAAGAAGACAGGAAAGAUGUAAAAAGACGAAUAAAGAAGACGAAGUAUGAAGAAGUAGCAGUAGAAGAAGACGAAGAAGACGAAAACGAAAACGAAGAAGACGAAGUUAAAGAAGAUCAAAAUGAAGAUGAAAAUGAUCGACGAUCAGUUUCGAAACAAACCCCAGAGUAA